AUGUGCAGUAGCACAGAAGGAUCCCGCACAGCAGGGCACGAGAUACAAACAGGAGGAACUAGUGAUGGUACAACAAGUACUGUCAUCAACAGAGAGGAAAGUGACUUACAUCUAGAUAGUCCUGAUCGUGAGUCCAUAUCUAUAGUAAAUGAUGAGGAGGACCAGUUCUUGGGUGUUAUUUCUCGAGGGUCCGAAAGCCCAGAAGAAGAGUCUGACUCUGCUGGAGAUAUUAUACGAGAACUGUGUUGGCUUUUCGGGCGAGAAUACCCGAGAGGUAAAGACGAUGAGAGUAGUUGUUCAAGUACAGCAUCACUGGAUGAUGAUUCGGCGGGAUCAUCAACGGAGGCAAGUCGACCUUACGAUAUGACCGUGGUUGACCGUUUAAAACACAGCUCAACAAACUUGCCAUCUACUGAAGAAAGCUCACAACUAUUCUGCGAUACUCAAGUAACAACAGAAUUACAAGUGAGAAAGGCAGUGGCCCCACAGGAGCCAGUGACCACAGAGGAGCCGGAGGCCACAGAGGAGGCAGUAACCACAGAGGAGGCAGUGACCACAGAGGAGCCGGAGGUUACAGAGGAGGCAGUGACCACAAAGGAGGCAGUGACCACAGAGGAGCCGGAGGCUACAGAGGAGGCAGUGACCACAGAGGAGCCGGAGGCCACUGAAGAGCCAGUGACCUCAGGGGAGGCAGUGACCACAGAGGAGCAGGAUGCCACAGAGAGGAGAAGUGAGGACAGGGAGGAGCUGGAGGCCACAGAGGAGGCAGUGACCACAGAGGAGCUGGAGGCAGUGACCACAGAGGAGCAGGAUGCCAGAGGAGAGCAAGAGGCAGUGACCACAGAGGAGCCGGAGGCCACAGAGGAGGCAGUGACCACAGAGGAGCCGGAGGCAGUGAUCACAGAGGAGCCGGAGACCACAGAGGAGGCAGUGACCACAGAGGAGGCAGUGACUACGGAGGCAGUGACCACAGAGGAGCCGGAGGCAGUGGCAGAGGGAGCCGGAGGAGGCAGUGACCACAGAGGGCCGGAGGAGGCAUUGACACAGAGGAGCCGGAGGCCACAGAGGAAGGAAGCGACCAGAGGAGGCAGUGACACAGAGGAGGCAAGGAGCCAGGAGCAGGAGGCCGGAGAGGCCACAGAGGAGGCAGUGACCACAGAGACUGAAGAGGAGCCGGAGGCCACAGAGGAGAGUGACCACAGUGGACAGAGAGCGGAGGCCACAGAGAGGCAGUGA